GGAGAGGGGACUGGAGGGUUCAGCCCAGCAGAUCCUUCCGACAGACCCCCCAGCGCCGCUGUUCCCUCAUCUGCAGAACGACUCCUGGGGGAGGCAGUACUCGCACGCCCUGUUCAAGGCUAUGAGCCACAUGCUCUGCAUCGGCUACGGCCAAAACAUGACCGACGUCUGGCUCACGAUGCUGAGCAUGAUCGUGGGGGCCACCUGCUACGCCAUGUUCAUCGGCCAUGCCACCGCCCUCAUCCAGUCGCUGGAUUCGUCCCGGCGCCAGUACCAGGAGAAGUACAAGCAAGUGGAGCAGUACAUGUCAUUCCACAAGCUGCCUGGGGACACGCGCCAGAGGAUCCACGAGUACUAUGAGCACCGCUACCAAGGCAAGAUGUUUGACGAGGAGAACAUUCUGGGGGAGCUCAGUGAGCCGCUCAAAGAGGAGAUCAUCAACUUCAACUGCCGCAACCUGGUAGCCAACAUGCCCCUGUUCGCCAAUGCGGACCCCAACUUUGUGACAGCCAUGCUGACCAAGCUGCGCUUUGAGGUCUUCCAGCCUGGGGACUUCAUCAUCCGCGAGGGCACUGUAGGCAAAAAGAUGUACUUCAUCCAGCACGGGGUGGUCAGCAUCCUCACCAAGGGCAACAAGGAGACAAAGCUGUCUGAUGGCUCCUACUUUGGGGGUGAGGCUGGGCUGGGGGACCUGGAGAGCAGAGGGGAGCGAGAGCUGCUGGGGGGUGGGAGCUGGGGCAUCUCCGAUGUGGCUGCCUGCUGCACCCUCUGCCUGUCCCCUCUUGCCCAGGGUCAGGGACUUGGCACCCAACUCAUACCAGGCUCUGGGGCCCAGAAGUCCACUACCCCUGUUCUUAUGGGCGUGCGAGCUGACACCUACUGCCGCCUCUACUCCUUGUCCGUGGAUAAUUUCAAUGAGGUGCUGGAGGAGUACCCAAUGAUGCGCAGGGCCUUCGAGACAGUGGCCAUGGACCGGCUGGGCCGCAUAGGGAAGAAGAACUCCAUCUUGCUCCGCAAGCGAGCUGAGCACAGCGCGGGGCCCAUGAACAACGAGAUGAUCCAGCAGAUUGUGAAGCACGACCAGGACAUGGCCCACAACAUCCAGGACCUGCAGCAGAUG